UUCUGUGAGCCUUCAAUAUCCGAUCAGUUCAUCCACAUCAUUCCGUAUCAGAGGACCAAAAAUUUAUUUUCCGUCAAAUUUCAAAUGAAGCGAGUGUAAAAAUGUUGUUAACUAAAUACUGGAGCAUUGAUUUGCUCCUGGGAUUUGGGGGUCUGGUGCUGCUGGCAUAUUUGUACAUGAACCGGAGGUACAAGUACUGGAAAAAAUUGGGAGUGAUGCAGCCAGAUCCGACUCCCUUCAUCGGAAAUUAUGGGGAUUGUUUGAGGAUGAAGAAAAGCGGGGGUGAGUGGCUGCAGGACCUGUACAACUGGGGAGCUGGACUCCCUUACAUCGGAUUCUAUGUGUUCGAUCAGCCCUUCUUGCUCGUUCGUGAUCCUGACUUGGUGAAGACUAUUCUUGUCAAGGACUUCAACUACUUCCAGGACAGGUUCGUUCAGACCAGCCCCGAGGAUCGUCUAGGGGAUGCCAAUCUGUUUCUUAUUAAGAAUCCAGCGUGGAAGUAUCUGAGAUCCAAGAUCACGCCAAUCUACACUUCAGGAAGGCUCAAGAAAAUGUUUGAACUGAUGAUCGAAGUUGCUGAUGACCUGGACACUCAUAUGGCUUCACUUCCCUGGGAAGGAGACAGUAUUACCAUUGAACUCAAAGAACUCUGUGCCAAGUACACGACAGAUCUUAUCGCAACCACUGCCUUUGGCCUCAAAGUCAACUCCCUCAACAAUCCCGAUGCUGAAUUCCGACGACGUGGACGUGACAUAUUCAACUUCACUUUUUUCAGAAAUAUCGAAGUGUCGAGUAUGUUUUUCGCUCCACACCUUGCUAAACCCCUCAAGUUCAAGUUCUUCUCACCGGAUAAUUCAAAUUUCCUGAGAACUGCGGUGUGGGAUACACUCAACGAGAGGGAACGCUCGGGGAUCAAGAGGGGUGAUCUCAUUGAUCUACUCCUCGAGUUGAGGAAAACACAGACACCUGGGCCUGAGAAAGAAUUGUUCGAUUUUGAUGGAGAUAAUGUGGUUGCCCAAGCGGCGGUAUUCUUCACCGCUGGCUACGAGACAUCAGGCACAACUCUGAGCUUUACACUUUAUGAAUUAGCGGUUAAUAAAGACGUGCAGAUAAAAGCGAGAGCUGAAAUUCUGAACGCUCUUAAGGCCACCAACGGAGUAAUAACUUACGAUAUGGUAUCGGAACUGGCAUAUUUGGACAUGAUCGUCUCCGAGACCCUUCGCAAAUACCCACCAUUACCAGUCCUAGAUAGAGUAGCAGCGCAGGAUUACAAAGUUCCGAACUCUAAGUUAGUUCUUAAAAAAGGAACUCCCAUUUACAUCUCAGUAUUUGGAUCCCACUACGACCCCCAGUAUUUCCCCAGCCCUCUGAAGUACGACCCCGAGCGAUUCAGCGCGGAGAAUAAGAAGGCGAGAACAUCCGGAGUUUAUCUGCCCUUCGGUGAUGGCCCUCAUGCUUGUAUUGGCCUGAGACUUGGUCUUCUGCAAGUGAAGUUGGGUCUUAUCGAAUUGCUCCAGAAAUUUGAAUUUUCCCCGUGUGCGGAGACCCUCAUUCCCAUGCGACUCAACCCCAAAGCCUUCAUAACAGCAUCGGAUGGUGGAAUAUUUCUGAAAGUCCGAAAGAUCUCCGCAAAGUAAAAUAAAAAAAAGUCUUUCAGUUUCUGUGCGAAUGGAAGGGCAGAUCAUUACUUUGUGAAUUACGUGAAGGUGAAUUCCCUGACGAUGACGACCAAGCAUUAAAUUAUUGACAUUUAUACGAAAAUAAAAGCAUAUAAUAGUGAAGAAGAAAUUACUGGAAAAUUGAGAAACUACCCCUUUCGUGAUACAAUUCCAGUCGACAAAUCACGAUGCUCUCUCAUCCUGACGUGAUAAACGAUUUCUCAAGCACAAGGAAUACUUCUAAUUAAAUUAUUUCUCCCUCAAUGUUCAAUUAAAGAUCUGUACAGUGACGCAUAACGCUGCAAUAUCAUCGAAUCCAUCGAAUAGAUUGGAGAUGCGUCAGGAUAGGAAUAAUAGACACACAGUCGGGUGAAUUCUAUUUUUAUGUACGUGAGUGAGGAGAACAGAGGGUGACUAUUCAAAGAGAGACGAGGGCGUAGAGAUCGAGGUCGAGAUGUGAGUUGAGGAUUUCACCCGAAUCGAAUUAUCGAUUCCAUCAAGACUCGGCUACUUCAGACUCCAUCAGCCAUUUUACCUCCUACCAAAUGCCUCUUGUUGCUUCACCAAUGUUAAGACUCGGGGCUGAUUUGGUGAGAAUAGACCACGGGAUUCCCGAUGGAAUUUAUCACGUCCCAGUGGUAUGUAAACGCUUCCGAAAUCACGACAACUGAUAGCUGCUGUUGAAACUGAAAUUGGGGUGAAUACCCUACGACCUGCAUUCUAGUGUUUCAUCAGCACAAAGAAAUAACAAAUAAUAUUUCCAGCGGAAGUUUUAAAUGAAAAAAAUCACCCCUCAGUUAUUCUAAGUUAACGAGAAUUGUCCUUAAAAUUCGAGUAAUUAGCCCUUCAAUUAAAAAGCAGGAGUCUCUCAAGCAACUCAUUGCAAUUCUAAUGACUACGGUAAAAGGGCGCCUCGGAGAUUUCAAACGAUCUGAAACUUCGGGCUUCGAGGAGUUUUCCGUGUCGCACGAGUUUACGGUGCACUAUGUGCCUCUCUUACUUCCCUAAUGCCUGAAAUCUUCUCACUUUGAUAUCCCCCCCACCCCCAUACUGCUACACCAGUCACUCGUGGGACUUCGAUACUAAGUAGUGUUUCCGUUUAACUGGAACGGAGAUAACACCGUGUGUAUCCCACGACACUUCCGGGAUAUUCACUUCUGGAUAAUUUUAGAAACUUCUGCCGGGGGAAUUCCCAGAAAAUUCAUAGAGUUUAGGGUAAUAUUUCCACCCCUGGAGGACAAUAAAAUAAUUUCAAUUGAAAAAUAUUUUAAAACCGCAAUAAUUAGUCAUUUUAUCGAAAAAUUCACCCAACAUUUCACGUAAUUUUCCCACUAAGUUUAUCGCUACGAAAUAAAAUACUGAGGUAUUUCGAGUGGAAGUUAUUUUCAUGAUAAAUCAAUCAAUCAUAAGUCAAGAUAUCGAUUAGUGAGAAUUUGUGAAAGUUUUGGGAUUAGAUAUGACGGAAACAUCUGCGACAGUGUCUCACACUCCAAUUUACACCCUUGGGUGGAAUGAAAGCGUUCAUUUAUACUCGCCCCAUGUAUUUUCACACUGAAUUGACGGAGGGAUGAAUAGGGUAAGGCUACUCGAUACGUCUCGGACGAACUCGCGAAAACAAUGGGGUAUAGUUCAAUUAUCCACUCGAUUUUAUCGAAUACACUGUCCGUGGUGCAUCGAUAACGCCCGCAGAGAACUACUUUCUAAAGGGCGAUCAGCGUUGAGUGAAGGGAGGUGUUUUCCACCAAAAUAUUUAGAUUUCAUUCAUUUACUUUUAUUUUCCCAAGAUGUUAAUAAAUAAUCAUGAAUUAUGA